GAGAUAAAAACUUGGAAGCAGAAAUAAAGAAAAGUUUGAUAUGAAAUGGGAAAUGGGAGAAAAGGAAGGGCCACAGCUCAUGGCAUAUAUUCCCUCCAGCAUAACCCCACUUAUGUUUCCUGAUAUGGGGUGAGAUCAUAGGACAGAGGCUUACAACUCCCCAACUAUAAAGAGAAUUACCGGCUGCCGCAUUCUGAACUACAAGUAAAACCUGUCCUUUCAAAUGAUACAACCCCCAUAUACUAUAUUCUUCUCUCAGAAACAGAAAUGGCUUUUCAGAAUGUUCACGAUAAUGAAAUGAGCUUGGUUUUGUCCAGUGAUGCAAAACCUCGACUGAAAUGGACUCAGGAGCUGCAUCAGCGGUUUGUCGAUGCUGUCAACCAGCUCGGUGGUGCAGAGAAGGCUACACCGAAGUCUUUGAUGAGGAUCAUGGGCAUUCAUGGACUCACUUUGUACCACCUCAAGAGCCACUUACAGAAAUAUAGGCUGGGAAGGAGCCAACAAUCACAAAUCUAUCACCAUAGUAAGCCAGAAGAUUAUGGAGGAAAACAGACGAAUCUAUUUGCCAGUACGAUUUUUGACGAAGCAAAAGAGCCGACUAAUGAAAACUUGCAGAUAACUCAGGCUUUGCAAAUGCAAAUGGAGGUACAGAGGAAACUUCAUGAACAAAUUGAGGUGCAAAGGCAUUUGCAGCUAAGAAUUGAAGCUCAAGGAAAGUAUUUACAAUCAGUCUUGAGAAAAGCGCAGGAGACACUUUCCGAAUACAGUUCUUGCUCCAUUGAAGCCGAAUGUGCAAAAGCUCAACUUUCUCAAUUGGCAUCAAUGGUUGACUCAGGAUGCCCGAGCUCCUCAUUCUCUGUUUUAACAGAGAGUGAAAGUUCAAUGUUAGAACACGAGAGGAACAAGCUAUUUGGUCGCAAUGGAUGUUCGCACGAGAGUUCCUUAACAUCAUCGGAGAGUUCAUGGAGGCAGGAUGAAACUGAACCACAGCACGAAGUUGGUGAGAACUGUAAGCAUGAAAAUGUAAAGAUGAAUAAUGAAACGGCAAAAUCUAUUGAGCUCUCACUUAUGGAAAUGCAUCCAGUUGAAAAGGGUCCAUCAGAGAUUCAAGCUACCAACAAUGAAAAGUCUGGAGCACGAAGCAGUAGCCAACAAGUGAACAGGAUCAGCUGGUUCAAGGAUAUUGAUUUGAACUGCAAAUCCAUGACUGACUUCGGGUCAGGUCCAAGAGCAAUAGACUUGAACGAUAAGGGGUUGGAACUUUUCAAUGGGAAUUUUUAGACUAGAAACAGCGUGAAUAGGUGCUUUUGCAUCGUAUAUAAUCUGGAAAACUGAUUGGUUCUAUAGCUAAUAUUAAUGCUUAUAGUAACUAUGUAAAAUCUUCUCUGUGUGGACCACAAUGAACUUCCUGAAGUAUAUCCAUAUCGAAAGGCACAAUUGUCGCAUGUGCAUAUUCGUCAUCUCUCCAUGUAA